AUGGAGAGGCCCGAAGAUACUAUCAAAACGGUGGAGAUAACGACAGAGAACUCCCCGGAGGCUGACACUGAUGUCUCUUCGAAGUCAUCUAUUGAAGACAAGCCUCCACCACCAUGGCAAUGGAAACUAGCUGCGGUGAUACUUGUUUCGCUCAUCCGUUUCGGCAGCUCAUGGGGCUCGGGUAUCACAGCGACAAUGAAGACCAGCUUGAAGCGAGAGCUCAAGAUCGGAAAUACUCAAUACGCCCUCUUGGAGGCGAGCGAGAACUUUGUGGACAGCAUUCUAAUCCUCAUCACGGGCUUCGCAACUGAUCGAUUCGGAGGUGCUAGUAUGUUGUUCUAUGGCAACAUUGUCUACUCGCUUGGUUCGCUCCUCUUAGCAGCAGCGGCCCACAUCCGCAGUUAUCCCUUCAUGAUCGUUGGCCACGUCAUAUCUGCACUAGGAGAUGUUUCCACCCAGGUUGCUCAAUACCAGGUCUUCUCGUCCUGGUUUGCUCCCAGCAAUGGUUUUGCAUCGACAUUGGGACUGGAGCUUAUGGUGCAGAAGCUAGGUGCUUUUGCAGGCUCGGGCACCUCCAAUGUGAUCCGAAAGAACGUCGGCUUUUCAUGGGUCUACUGGAUAGCCUUUUUCGUGAAUCUCUUCACGAACGUCGUCUGUGCGAUCUUCUUUUGGUUUGCGCGUUAUUCAAGCGGAAAAUUUGGCGAAAUCAGAGAUCCAGCAACCGGGAAGAGGUUGGCCAGUAAAUCCAAAAGGCUGCAGCUCGGCAAAGUUUUCGAACUGCCCUGGACAUAUUGGAGUAUUUUGGCAUAUUCUCUCUUUACUACCACUACCAUCGUAGUGUUCAAUGCAAAUUCAACUGAGCUUGCCGAGCAAAGAUUCGAUAUCGACUCUGUCAAGGCUGGGUGGUACACCUCAUUGGUGCGGUACGGAGGUUUCUUCUUGAUCCCUGUUCUAGGAGUAUUCGUGGAUUUGUUCGGAAACCGCAUCACCCUGAUGGCUGCUGGAGGAGUUGGAGUGCUUACGUCCAUGGCUCUCCUUAGCUUUACUAAGACAAUUCCUGGAGCGACAGCAGCCUUUGCCAUUUUUGGUGUUUUUUUCAUUUAUAGCCCAAUGUCAAUUGUGGACGGUAUUCGCACCUCCCUGCAUGAGCAAACCACCUUUGGGACAGCAUACGCCACAAAAUCGAUGAUGAGCAAUUCGUAA